AUGCGCUCCAUCCUCCUGUCGACCGUGGUCCUAGCCAUCUUUGCCGCCACCGCUGUGCCCGCGAUCGCUAGACCUGAAGACCACGCCCUCGUUGCUCGCAGUCCGACCGUGUCAAUUCGCAAUAUCCGUCGUGCCGCUGGAGAUGGUAACAGUGGGGGGAGCAACGAUGGAGGCGGCAAUGGUGGAGGUGGCAGCAACAGUGGAGGGAACAACGGUGGAGGAGGGAACAACGGUGGAGGCAGUGGCGGAGGGAGCAACGGUGGAGGAAGUGGCGGAGGGAGCAACGGUGGAGGAAGUAACGGUGGAGGCAGUAACGGAGGAGGGAACAACGGAGGAGGAAACAAUGGAGGAGGGAACAGCGGUGGAGGAAGUAGCGGUGGAGGAAGUAGCGGUGGAGGGAACAACGGCGGAGGCAGUAGCGGCGGAGGAAACAACGGUGGAGGCAGUAGCGGCGGAGGAAACAGCGGUGGAGGCAGUAGCGGCGGAGGGAACAACGGUGGAGGCGGCGGUGGAGGGAACAACGGCGGAGGGAACAAUGGUGGUGGACCUCCUGGUCCGAAGCCGUCGGGGGGGUUCCAAGAGAGACGCAAGCGUUCCCAGCAGCCUAUCAGGCCUGUUGUCGACGCUGCUGAGGCUUUGUGCCCUGCGCCAAUGACUGCAUGUCCUAACGCUGCUACCGUGCCCGGAUCCCUGUCUCAGUGGCUUGAGAUGGGUUUCGAAUGCACGAACUUCAAGGAGGAUUUGACCUCCUGCGGUGGCUGUGGAAGCCUUGACUCGAAGUGCGUUGUCCUCUCUAUCUAUGGCUUACAUCUUGCUGAACAUCUAUCUUUCCGCGCUGGAUGUCUCGUUGAUACCAGGUACGAUUGCACUGCUAUGCCCGGCGCGCUCGGCGUCUCGUGCGAUGCGGGCUCUUGCCGCGUGCAUUCCUGCCAGUCUGGCUACAUACUGUCGGCUGACGGCAAGAUGUGUAAGCUGGAUUAA